GAUGGGAAAACCCGACUUGCAGUUGUCACGUCGGGACUCGAAUAUCCAAAGACUGCAGCAAGACCUGCUCCUCUCUCAUCAGGCCCGUGACGCCCAGAGCGCUCAGCUGGACGUCCAGGAGCAGAGGCUGUGGGAUCUGCAGAGAGAGCUGCGGGAAAGCCGACAAGAGCGCCAACGGCAACACAGCCGCAACCAGCAGCUACGCGAGGAUGCCAGGCAGCAAGAUGAGACGCUACAGGCUCAGGUGCGGGUCCAGCGGCUGGAGGACGAACUGUCCAGGCUGAAAUUCCAGCAUAGUUCAGUCAGUCAGCAGCUACAGGAGCAGCGUUCCGAGUGCCGUAGCCUCCAGAGAGCACGGGAGGAGCUGAUGAAGACGGAAAGAGAGUGGCAGAUCGAAAAAUCCACUCUGCAUAAACAACUGAACCGCGUCAAAGAGGAGCUCCACAGCGCCACCCUCAGGGUACUGUCGCCAACAGCACCCUCCGCAUCCCUGCCCCUCUCUUCUCAUUUACCAGAAGAGGAACAUCGGCUAAAAGUGGUGCAGAUUGAUGAACUCCAAAGAGAGGUUGACAUGACGCUCGCACUGCUUGAAAAGGAGAGAGAGCAGGACUGUAUAAAGGUAGAAGAGCUGGAGCGACAGCGAGAAGAGCAACAGAAGGACAAGGUCCAGCAUCAGGAGGAGCUGAUUACAGAACUGCAAAGAGAGCUGGAGAUCAGAUCAGGGCAGAAGGAGACAGAGCUGAGAGAAUGGAAGGAGAAAUGGCACUGUGUGCCAGAGAACCUCAAGAACACACAGAAUCGGCUCCAGCAGGCUCAGGACAGCAGAGAUCAGGCCCUGACCAGCCUGAAACUACAGCAGGAGAAGAACCGCAGCCUGCAGGAGGAUGUGGACAAACUUCAUAUCAUGCUGGUUCAGCGUGAGAGCAGACUGGAAGGUCUGAACCAGGAAGCUGAAGCACGUGACCGGGAGUCAGCAGGCUAUCGCAGACAGCUCUUCAGCUCCCAAGACGCACUGCAGCAGGUGACCAAUGAGCUUCAAGCCUGUAAGAAAGAGCUGAAAGAGAGGGCAGGGCAGAUGCAGGACGUCAUGUCUAACGGACAGGAGAUCGUGACCCUUCGAGAGAUCCUCAAACAGAGAGAAGGGGCGAUAAAGGAGAACAACCACAAAACAGCCCAGCUCCGGAGAGAAAGAGACGCCCUUCGCGUGGAGUGCAAAGGCCAAAAGGAGGCGCUCUGUGAGCUGCGUGGAGAAGAACAGCGAUGGCGGCAGGAGGCGCAGGAACAGAAGGAGAGUCAGGUGAGGGAGGUUGACGACCUCAGGAAAGACCUGGAGAGCACACGAGGCCGCCUACAGCUGCACAGAGGUAACCUGGAGGAUCUGUGCCGAGAGCUGGAGACGACCCACAGACGGCAGAGAGAGACGGAUGAAGAGGUGUCCUGCGGGGAAGCCGCCCUCUGCAGUCAGGACACAGAGUUGAUUCGCCUGAAAGCAGGUUUAUUGGAGGCUGAGAAGUUAGCCACUGAUGCCGAGGCCAAACUACAACCUCUUAGCGACUCCCUCCAGCUUUACACACACAAGUACCAGGCCUGCCUUAACAAGAUCACCCAACUGGAGAGCAUCCAGCACAGCCAGGAUCAGGACCUGAAAGAGGCCCGCCAUCAGUUGUUGGAGAGGGAAGAGCAGAUUCUCUGUCUGAGAGCUCAGGUUGUAGCUCUGCAGGGGGAUCUCCAGGUACACUCCGCCCAGCUGGAGAGUGGAGAUGAUGCCCUCACGGCUCUGAGCCAGCAGCUGAGAGACACGCUGGCUGAACUGGAGCCCAGCCGUAAACAUGCCCAGGAGUGUGAGGUGCUCAUCAGCACCCUACAGGACACCAAUGAGACCCUUCGACGUCAGGUUGAAGAGCAGGAAGAGACGCUGGUAAAGAUUCAGGCUGAUUUUUCCAUCUAUCGGGCCACUCACGUCCACUCCGGAUCAGAUUAUGAAUGCCAGCUUUCCCGCAUUCAAGAUCUAGAAAACGCGCUGUUCCAAUCACUGGAGCGCUGCGGUGAGGCUGCCCGGGAGGUGCGGGCGUGCCAACUGGAGCUGGAGCGCCACAGAGCCAACAGUUCGGCAGAGUUGCAGAGACUCCAGGCGAAUGCGGCAGAAGUCGAAUCGCUAGAGAAGAAGGUAGCCAAUCUGGAAGAAGAACUGCAGGCUGCUCAAAGACAUUGCGCCCGGAAAGACCAGGCUAUCCAGAAGAGAGACGCCCUGCUGAGACAGUCCGAGGCUGAUCUCCUGCAGGUGCGAGAGAAGAGACGAGGCGGGGCGGCGGAGGCAGAGAGGGAGGUCGUCUCUGCUCGAGGCCUGGAAGCUGAUCUGAAGAGAGCCAAAAAAGAGAAAAGGCAGAGAGAGAAAGAAUGUGCGUCCCUCAAAACACAGCUGCUUAAGCUUAGAGAGGAGCUGAAAGAUGCUCAGACCAACUUCAGAGACACUGCCAAGGAGCUGGCACGGCAUCAGGAGAGGUCACAGCUGUUGGAGAGAGGUCAGCGUGUGGCUCAAGAGCAGCUCUCUGAACGUGUGGCAGAGGUGGUACAAGGAGAGAAAGCUCAGCGGAGACUCCAGGCAGAACUCAAGAGAUUAACAGACAAGCUGGAGAGUGAUGAGAAGCAGCUUCAGGAUUCACGGCGGCUGGUGGAGCGUUUGCAAUCAGAGGUUAGCAGCGGCAGACAGGAAGUGCUCAGCGCUCGGCAGGAAGUCACGAGACUCCAGCAGGAGAAAAAGCAGAUCCAGGAAGAGCUGACCAUCAGCAGAGAGAACUUCUCAGCCCUGCAAACUAAGCUGAGUGAGCAGGAGAUGCUUUUGAACACACUUCAGGAACGCAUAUCUGAGCUGCACAGCGCCACCCACAGACUACAGGAGGAAGAGAUGAACGGUCAGAUCCAGCUGCAGCGGUGUAGAAAACAACUGGAGACCAAAGAUACCCAAGCACAAAAACGCAACCAAGAGAUGAGCGCUCUUCAGGCCACAGUUUCUAAGCUAAUGCUGGAACUGGAGCAGGAGAGAGAGAGGGGACGGCAGGGGGUACGAGAGGCAGCCAAGGCCGAGCAGAGAGCAAGAGAUCUCAAGCUGGAGCUCAGUACAACGCAGGCAUCUCAUAAAGAAUGUAUGGAGCUGCUGGCUGAGUGCAGUCGUGAGGUGGCGGCCCAGAGGAGCGAGCCGGUUCGUCUCCAGCAGUGUCUGCUCCAGCUGACAGAUGAGAGAGCAGCUCAAGAAGAGAGAGUCAGACAGCUGAGUGCAGAUCUACAGAAAGUUCACAGUGACAGCAGAUGCUCUCAAGAGGAGGCGCGGGCGUGUGAGGGGCGACUGGUCGAGCUGCACACCCAGCUGGCACGCUCGCAGCAGUGGGCACAGCAGCAGAUGACAGCCCUGCAGUCCAGAGAGAAGGAGGUGAUCAUGCUAAAGAUGGAGAUGGCCUCUCUCAGAGAGAACUAUCAUGCCAAAGUAGCUCAGGUUGAGGAUAUGUAUUCGCAGAUGGAUGCUGUAGAUCAGAAGUACAAUGCCGCUGUGUGUGAGGUGGACGUUUUACGGAAGUGUUUAGGAGACGCCCGGUGUGACAGCUCUCGUCUUCACAGGGAAAGUGAGCUGGUCGUAACCAAUGUUAACCAGUGGCUAAAGGAGCAAACCAUCAUGGCUCAUUGUGACAGCAGCUCGCAGCUUCCUCACUGCUGCCCAUUAUCUCUACCCCUGCUCCUCUCCAGGCACACUAAUGAGAAACUGGCACUCCAGAUCAAAGACCAGAGCCGGACCAUCAUGCACCUGACAGCUGAGAGAGAUCACCUUCAGGAGAACGUGAAAGGUCUGCAGGGAGAGAUCAGGAGACUAAGAGCCGAGCUGGAUUAUGAGAGAAUGGAGGCAGAAAGACUAAAGGCCUUGUCUCAAAUCACCGUCCAGCCGGGUCUUUCUUCUCCUCUCAUACUUCCUUCUGAAGGCCGAUGCAGAGAAAAGGUGUCCUAUAACCAGAGCCCAGGUCUGUCACCAUUAGCCAUCUCAUUCUGGAGUGUCUGUUCCCUCGCUGUGGAGAUGGAUCCAGCUCUGCAACAAAGCAUCCUUACCAUGGAGAAACAUUUCUGUCAAUCCACCUUUUUACUACGGUAAGGGAUCUUCUGAAUGAGUACUCAUUGUUUUGAUCAUUGUUCUGAAUCAGACCUGGACAAAGGUUUUUACAAAAACUCCAUUUUCUCAGCUUUUUGUUCACGAUUUUCUUUAUACAUUAGAGAGAUUACAAAAUAACAAACGAAUAUAAUAUUUGAGAUAGAAUAGCGUCAGACGCUGUGUGACAUAUUUUAUGUUCAUAUAUUCAUAAAAUCAAUAAAGUUUUGUGAAAAUGAUUCAAAAUGCUGCCACUGGCAACUAUAAAAACAACACUUAAAAGACUUAAUUUUUGCAAUAAAAAGGUGAAAUUUUGUAAGAACGUUACAUGACAUCCAAAUCCCAGUGGUCUUAAUAACAGGAAAUGAUGUCAACAAUCUAUUUUUGGAAUCCAUUUAAUACAUUCCAGUGUAAUUUUAUAAGUACUUUCACGUUUGCAUUGCAUCAAAGCAGCUGUACAAGAAAUCUGUUUUUCACACAUGACUUACGCAUAAUAUAAUAAAACACACAUUUUCAUUAUAUUUAAAGGCCAGGAUAUCAGUUCAGGAACAACAUAAAGGUAAAUAAAUGAUGAUAAACUUUCAUUUUUAAGUGAACUGUCCCUGCGUCUGCACACUUUUAUGACUAGAUGUGAAACCAGUAGCGCAGUGGUUCUCAAACUUUUUUGUUGUAAGGCCCCGUUUGUGUAGAGUGCAUUGCAAAUAAAGACUUAUAAUCUUAAACUUAAAAUUUUAAUUAAACCAAGAAAAUAUUCAGUUAAACAAUGCUAAAGCAUUAAUUCUUUUGGUUGGUGGUGUCGUUUUUCUGAUGUUUGAUUGCACAAAAUUUAUGAUAAAUAUCUAUAUUUCUAAAAUGCCACAAAAUCUGUGGCCCCCCUGGAACCAUCUUGGGGCCCCCCAGGAGGCCACGGCCCCCAGUUUGAGAACCACUGCAGUAGAGGACAAACAGCUCGUUUCUUCAGACAUACAGUAUCUUCAGGACUCUCAGAUAGAGUAAAUACAAAUAAAUAGAUAGCAGUGUAAAUGCUCUUGGUUUAUUUAUGACGUACAGGCUUCAUUCUGCAUGCAUGGAGAACCCAGCUUUCAAGUCAUUAUGAAAUCUCUCCCGAGAUCUCGCAUACAGGCCAAUACAGAGCAACCUGUGUGAGGAUGGGCAGUGAGCAGAACCGGAGGAUGAAGAAAGCUUUUUCAUGACCUCCCGCUGCUCAGAUGUACCGGCACCUGGACCCGCCUGUACUUCACUGAGUGCCUUAGAAGAGUGCAGAGAACGUCACUGAAAAUGCCUCCUGCACUACAAACACGUGUGGAGGACUUGUGGGGUCACAAUCAAAUGAUCCUGUCAGUCUCUAUGGAUGGAGGGGAAAUGUUUUUUGUAAGUUUUUGAUCGUUUAAAAUGUGUUUUGUCAAAUGAAUUAUACCUAAUUUAUACCCUCAUGCAUGCCACUUUAAACGAGGAGUGGGGCAGUGUGACCAAAACCUGUAAAAUUUCAAGGUAACAUUACGUACCACAAUUUAGAUGUGUAUAUAUACUGUAUAGUCAGACCAAAAUUUAUUCAGACACCUUCAACAUUUCUCACAUUAUUACAGAAAAUGGUAAUAAAAUAUGAACAGAACUCAGAGUUAUACUGUGUCAGAACAAAUUCAUCUUGAUAAUGUCAGACAACUUUGAUAGAAAUGUAUGUAAUGGAUUAAGUUGAAUAGCUGUCCAAUUACGUUUAUGCAUUUGGCAGACGCUUUUAUCCAAAUUACAAUUACUAAACUAUGCUUAUUUUUCUUAAGUCUGUGGUGUAAAAAGGUUGCAUUAGCAAUUAAAGAAAAUCACUUAAGCACAACAUGGUCAGGUCAAAGUGUCUGAAUAAUAAGUAUAAAACUUGUAUAAAUUAUACAUACAUUUUAUCAGUUGUACUGGUAGUCCACUGCAUGUUUGAAGAAUUUUUAGGUAUAAUGGUGGUUGGCUAACUGGGACCAGUUUUAUUGCACUUAUGCAUUGUUGUCCUUGUGUUUUACUAAUUGCUUCCAUUUUUUACCUCAUUUGUAAGUUGUUUUGGAUAAAAGCGUUUGCUAAAUGACUAAAUGUAAAUGUUUUGGGAUCGUCUGUAGGUUCUCUUAUGUGUUCAUCUAUCUCCACGUGUCUUUGUCACACCUGAGUUAGCCACGCCCACUUGUUUACGUACCAUGGUAUACAAGAAAUAGAGAAAUCUGUAUAAGAAAUAUUAUAAAAAAGAUAAUAUUUUAAAUAAAUAUAUUUUUUGCGUUGUCCAAUUUGUUUGCAUAAUUAUUUUAUAAUAUUUUAUGAUUUUUAAUAUAAUAUUUUAGGAAUAUUUUAUGUCCUGUGAUAGAUGUAUUGUUAAUGUUUCAUUGCUGCUUGUGAAGGUAAAGGUCGAAUCAUAAAAAUGUCUGAAUGAUUGUCUGAUAUAUAUCAUUUUAAUAGAUUUUACA